CAGGUGUGUAGCUCAGUCACAAGCAGGGCUACUAUGGCAUUGACAGAAGACAACUGGCUUUCCCUGGGUUUGCAGCAGUACCUGCAUCUGGCUGGGCUGCUCUGCCUGCUCUCUGUACUCCUGAAGGUUGCACAGCUGUACAGCUCCAGAAGGCAUAAGCUGAACGUCUUCCGACAGUUCCCAGGGCCCUCCUGCCACUGGUUAUAUGGGAAUGUGAAUGAGUUUCGCCGAGAUGGGAAUGAUUUAGACAUACUGGUGAAGUGGACUGGAAUACAUUCAGGAGCUUUCCCUGUGUGGUUUGGAAAUUUUACUCCUUUUCUUUUCCUCACUCACCCAGACUAUGCCAAGACAAUAUUUAACAGAGACGACCCAAAGUCUAGCUUGACUUAUGAUUUUAUUGUACCAUGGAUUGGUAGAGGGCUACUGGUCCUAUCUGGUCCCAAGUGGUUCCAACAUCGCCGGUUGCUGACUCCUGGCUUUCACUAUGAUGUCCUGAAGCCAUAUGUGAAACUGAUGUCUGAUUCAACCACAGUGAUGCUGGAUAAAUGGGAGAAACUGAUCCCAGAGAAGAAACCAGUGGAGCUUUUCCAGCAUGUCAGCCUAAUGACUCUGGACAGCAUCAUGAAAUGCGCCUUCAGCUAUGAAAGUCAGUGCCAGAGGGACAGUGAUAAUGCCUACAUUAAAGCAGUGUUUGACCUCUCCUAUCUGACCAAUCUACGUCUGCGCUGCUUCCCAUAUCACAGUGACGCUGUAUUCUAUAUAAGCCCUCAUGGGUACCGCUUCCGAAAAGCAUGCAGAAUAACCCAUCAACAUACAGAAAAAGUGAUACAGCAGAGGAAAGAGUCCAUGAAACACGAGAAGGAAUUGGAGAAGAUACUGCAAAAGAGACAUCUGGAUUUCUUGGACAUUUUAUUGUUUGCCAAGGAUGAAAACGGGCAAGGUCUGUCUGAUGAGGACCUGCGGGCAGAGGUGGACACGUUCAUGUUUGAGGGGCAUGAUACAACAGCCAGUGGGAUCUCAUGGAUCCUGUUCUGUAUGGCUAAAUAUCCAGAGCAUCAGAAAAAGUGUCGGGAUGAGAUCAGGAGUGUGCUGGCUGAGAGACGCCACAUGGAAUGGGAUGACUUGAGUAAGAUCCCAUACACCACCAUGUGCAUCAAGGAGAGUCUGCGAAUGUACCCUCCAGUGCCAGGAGUCGCUCGCAGUCUCAGGAAACCAGUCACUUUCUUUGAUGGACGUUCUGUACCUGCAGGAACCCUAAUUGCACUGAGUAUUUAUUCCAUUCAUAGAAAUCCAGAUGUGUGGAAAGACCCAGAGGUGUUUGACCCCCUGCGGUUCUCCCCUGAGAAUUCCUCGGGCAGACACUCCCAUGCGUUCCUGCCAUUUGCUGCUGGUCCCAGGAACUGUAUUGGGCAGAAUUUUGCUAUGAAUGAGAUGAAAGUAGCCGUGGCACUGACAUUGAACCGGUUCCAUCUGGCACCAGACCCAAAAAAUCCUCCUAUCAAAAUACCACAGCUUGUCCUCAAAUCAAAAAAUGGUAUUUAUGUACAGUUUACGCAUGCUCAGUGACACUGUUAUGAAUUAAUUAAUUUCUAUCAUCAGUUAUAAGACCCACAAUGGAUUACAAUAAAACACUGUAUUUAGUUAUUGAUUCCCAGCGCUGUUUCCUGUAUGUGUGCACUUCAAUUAAACGGCAGAGAAAUGUGUUCUGUGAGUUUAUUUGUAAAUACAUUUGUAAAAUAUUAAUGUGAUGUUUGGAAUUAAACUGCAUUAUUAUUUA